GAGACUGAAUUGAGGCUCUUCUAAAAUGCUUUUCUGUUGAUGUUCCUUUUUUAGAGUGAAAGUACAAGUAGAAAGUGAGUUUUUGUCAAGACCAAAGAUGGCAGCGAGUGAAAAUCUAAAUUUUCUAAUGGAAAUGGGUUUUUCAAAAGAAAGAGCAGAAGCAGCUGAAGCAGCAACUACAGGUCAAGGACUACAGGCUGCAAUCAAUUGGUUGCUGGCUAAUCCAGAACAAGGAUCAGCUGGACAAGCUGUUGGUGGUGACACUGAUCAAAUAGACAAAACUGAAGAGAACCAGAGUAGUAAGCCUUGCGACAGUUCUGAAGGAGCCAGUGCUCAAAUUGACGCCCCAAUGCAAGCUUUAUCAUUAGUUUGUGAAGAAUGUGGAAAACAACUAAAAUCUGAACUUGAUGCCCAGGCACACGCAGCCAGGACUGGGCACCAGCAAUUUGCUGAGUCAUCUGAAGCAGUACGACCGCUUACAGAAGAAGAAAAGCAGCAGCAAGUUGAACAGUUACAAAAGAAAUUGGCAGAAAGAAGAAGAGAAAGAGAGGAAGCUGAAAAGGAGGAAGCCAAAAAACGUGAAAAAAUCAGAAGAAAAAUGGGAAAAGAAAUUACAGAAGCAAAGCAAAAGCAUGAAUAUCAAGAAAUUCAAAAACUGGCAGAUGAGCGCCGUCGUGAAAAGCAAGAAGAUAGGCUGUACCGGCAAAAAUUAAAGCAGAAAAUUGCACAAGACAGAGCAAAUUUAAAAGCAGCACAGGCGACGGGUGGGUCUACGUCACAAGGCACAACUGCUCCUCCACAGGCUGUUGCUACCCCUUCUGUGCAUGAAACAGUUGCGAAAGAGGGCAAAGAAUAUGAUACCUGCAAAAUACAAUUUCGUUUCCCAAAUGGCUCAACAAAGACUGCGAAUUUCAAGCCAACAGACAUGCUGUCGGAACUUUGUGAAUAUGCGAAUGUCAAUGGCUACCAUGGUGAUACUCCCUUGCUCCUGAUGACAACUUUCCCAAGGAAAACUUUCGCCCCUUCCGAAAUGUCGAAGACUUUGAAAGAGUUAGGGCUUGUCCCAUCGUCAGUUAUUGUUGUUGAAAAAAGCUAAUUUCACAUGUUAUGUUAGCAGGUGAAUUUUCAGGCUCAUGCUUUGAACAAUUGAGCCUUUUUGAAAUAUUUAACCGAUUCUAAGUGCCUUCGUUCGGAAGUUCUUUUGCCUACUGUAAACGUGAACCAUUUUGAAAUAAUUCGAUAACGAAUGUUCC